AUUCAGGGUUCGGGUUCGCGUCGCGGUGCAGGUUUCCCAAAACCCUCCAGCGGCUGCUCUAACCUCUGUAGCUGAUUAAUUUACCAGCCAUGUCGACGGCACUUAUCGCCGGCCUUUCUUCAAAUCUAGCCCUCAAGCUUCCUCUUCUCACGGCCAUUUCAUCUUCCCGUUUACGCGUUCGACCCCAAAACCAAAACCAAAACGUUCCAUUUUCUUGCUCCCCCCUCAAAAUUCAGUCCCUUUGGCACAAGCCCGCAAGAGAUUGCAAUGUGCUAUCGCAUAAUCUAAUCGCGUCUCUAAUUUCGAGGAAAUUGGGAAGUUUCACCGUGUCCGCCGGAGAUGCUGCUGCUUCUGAAGCUCAGAAUGACGAAAGAGGGGAGAGUACUAUGCCUGAGCGGUUCAGGUACUUGACCAAAGAAGCUCCUGAUCCUCCCGUGAGGUGGCCUUUCUUUGUGGCUCUUGCAUUUAUAAUCUAUGCUUGGAGAGCUGUCUUGUUCGAACUUGCUAACUGGAGAAAGCUCGUUCUUGGCAUCUUUCGUUUUGUGGGAUACUUAUUGAAAGGUUCCUUGGCCCUCGUCUUCUAUGUUAUUGGGGAUCCUAUCACUUCUAUGAUUAGAGGCAUGGAGACUGCAUUCUACACGAUUCGCUCUUUCUACUCAGGCAUAGUUGCAUAUGCACCCGUUCCAGAACUGACCACGAUAAUUGUACUGGCCUCGGCCGUGCUUGCAAUUUCAGAAGCGAGUGUCCCAGAUUCUAUUAGCAGUCAGCCGUAUCUUCUAACGAUAUCAGGCCUUGCUGGGUAUGCAGCCGUACGAGGUUACAUUUCUGAGCCUUUCUUCUGGACGAUUCUGUUGUGUGUAUACAGUUUCUCUAGGUUCAUCAAGAAGAGAGACGACGUAACUUCUGCAUUGCCUGCUGCUGCCACAUUUGCGGCCAUUGGAGAGCCAUGGGUAAGAAUCUUAGCUCUAGGUUCAUUUAUGGCUUUGGCGAUUUCUCACCAUUGGAAGAAGCUUUCAGAAGGAAAGAAAGAAGACAAAGUUGAAGAUGAAGAGGCUGUGAAUCAGAGGGGCGUUCCACUGCCCCUUCUGGGUGUAGCUUUAGCUAUUGGAAUCCGUUCUGCUGCCAAAUGGGCCGGAUAUAGGCACUUAACAUGGAUGAUUGUAUGAACCCAAAGAACUUCAAUUUUGAUUUCAGAUCUUGAAUGAAAUUAGUUACUCAUGUGUAUAACAGUGGAGCUUAUGCUCAUGUGGAAGUACACAAUAUUGAAGAUUUUGUUAGAAAAUAUCUCUUAUAUCCUCCAACUCCAAGUUUCUCAGAUUAGGCCAGCCUAUAGAACUGACGUAAUUUGAAAAGCUUCGAGUCGGAAGGUAUUGCAGGGUUAGAAAAUAUUAGAAUUUUCUCACGA